UGACUUAUGUCCACUGUAGUGGACAUUUGAGUUUCAUCCCUCUUCUUGGAAUCUUUUGUGCAAGUCUCUUAAUUCCUGAUGUACUGUACAGAGGACAUCCUGGGCUUUUCAGUGAUAUGUCAUUUGAUUGGCUGGGAGGCCGGGAACCGCCUCUAUCUUUCCUUUCAAAAUGGACGGCAUAGGAACAAGCACAUUUUAUGGAAAGAUGAGAGAUUUGCACCUGUGUUACCUGGGCUUCCUGUGUGUCAAGAUGACCCUACAACACGUGCAGACUGGAGUCCAAUUGAAUACUUUUCACAGUACAUUGACAACAAGGUCUUUGAAGAUUUGGCAACAUACACAAAUCAAAGAGAGCUGCAAAUCAAAGGAGUGUGCAUGAACACCACGCCACAAGAAAUACAAAUCUUCUUGGGCAUUUCAGUCCACAUGGCCUGCCUUGGCUAUCCCAGAAUUAAAAUGUUUUGGGCCAACAAAACUAAAGUGCCAGUCAUAAGUAGCAAAAUGACUAGGGAUAGAUUCUUCAGGAUAAGAAAUUCCCUCAAGAUUGUCAAUGACCUGGCUGUAACAGAGGAAACAAAGAAGGCAGAUAUUCUUUGGAAAGUCAGGCCAAUACUCGAUCGUGUGCGCCAAGGCUGUCUCAGCCUUGCAAAGCCAGAAAGGGUCUGCAUUGAUGAGCAAAUCAUCCCAUUCACAGGCCGUUGUCCAGUCAGGCAAUAUGUUCCCGGCAAGCCAAACCCUACUGGCCUAAAGGUCUUUGUCCUUGCAUCCCCAAAUGGUCUGAUGCUUGAUUUUGAAGUCUACCAAGGGAAGAAUACCUUUACAGUCCAAAGGUUAGGAGUUGGAGCUGCAGCAGUUCUACGCAUGGUUGAAUCUGUUCCAACAGGAAGCCACAUAUUCUUUGACAGGUACUUCACAACCAUAGAUCUAUUGGAUGCAUUGCUGGCAAAGGGCCUUCCUGCAACUGGAACUAUAAUGAAGAACCGUGUCCCAAAGCUGUGCCAGCUGCCAGUAGACAAACAGUUGAAAAAAAGAGGGAGAGGAACAUCAGUGUCAGUGGCCAGAAAGAGUCCUGAGCUGGCCAUCACAAAAUGGUUCGACAACAAACCAGUGCUCAUGGCAUCCACUGUACAUGGGAAAGACCCAGAAGACAUCUGUACCAGAUGGUCCCAGAAAGAAAAGCACCUGGUCCAGGUUAAAAGACCAGCAGUAAUUAAGCAGUAUAAUGAUAACAUGGGUGGCGUAGAUCUUUGUGAUCGCAUGCUUAGCUUCUAUCGUAUGUCAAGCAGGACCAAGAAGUGGACAUCGCGCGUGAUCAGUCACUUCUUUGAUGUUGCCAUCACCAACUCCUGGAUACAAUACCAGUCUGACAGCAAAGCUCUGCACAGACCAUCCAAGAACACACAUCAGUACCUGGACUUCAAACUACUCCUAGCUGAGGAGCUGUUGGAGAGUCCGGAACUGGAAAACAGCUGUGAAGAGAGUGAGGAUGAGUAUGAGCCACCAUCUAAAAUGAGGAUCCCACAACCAGAGCCAUCUGUGCGCAGACUAGGAGCCAUGCACAUGCCUGAGAUGAUGGAUACCAAGCAUGCAGAAAGAUGCAGAAAUAAGGGCUGCAAGAGCAAGACGUACAUGAGAUGUACCAAAUGCAAGAUGUUCCUCUGCAUUACCAAAAAGAGAAAUUGCUUCCAGGACUUUCACCACUAA